AUGUAUGCUAUUCGUCGCGCAAUAAAUGACUAUAAAGAUGCCACAAGGAUUAAUCUCUUCACUACACCUCAAAUGGCAUCCGCUCGAUCUGGCAUUACAGAAGCCUUAGAUGCUUUUUUCUCCAUCAAUUACGAAAACAUUCCUGCUCUCGUUAAUGCAACAGAAGGAAGUAAUGGUGCAGUGGUCCCAGAGUUGUACAAGAUUUUUGAUGGCAUUCUGGAGAUUGGAAAAGCCACAGUUCAAGUUGCAUUUCCGGUACCUCACCCCAUUACUGAUGGCCCAAUCCGGACAACAGAUAUUCAACUGAAGCAUCCAACAAUUCCUCCACAUUCAAUUUCCCUUUUCGCAACAUCCUUUUCCAACUAUGGAACAACCAGGGCUUUGUCAAUGGCAGUCAAGCGUUACUGCACGGAAGAGAGACUAAAGCGGGGUGUUUGUUUGUUUCCAUGUUUCAAUCCUGAAUGGCGUCAAAAAUGCCAGAUAGGAAAUGCAUUUGAAUUAGACCUGAAUUCCUCUAGAAAACUGAUUGAGCCCGUUGAUAACGCGUUGGAGCGUCCAGCAGGCUUCUGUAGUUUACAGUUGAAUCCAGCAAUUCAAUUAGCGCGACUGAGAGGAAUUUGCGAAGAAGUGAGAUUGAAUUCAACAAGCGAAAGUGAUUUCGACAGAGUGAAGAUCGGAACUUGUCAAGAGAUUCGUGGUAUUGGAGAUUCACAAAAGUGCGCAAAAUUGAUCCAAUCUUCAAUUAUUCAACAACAAUUUCCAGCGAAUCAAGACGCAAUAUUUGUGGGAGCAAGUGUUCCCCAAGAAGUGGGAGAUGUAAGUGGUUCAUUCUGCUUCGUUUUCUAUUGCGACUUUUCAGAGCAAUCUCUUUCGUAUCAAGACAAAAUUGCGCGUCGUUGGCAGCAGUGUGAACAACAUCGUGCAUGA